GUCAAAAUGGCGGGUAUGACAAGUGUGGUGCGACUGCUCGAAAGACAUAAGAAAGAAUUUAAUGAUUUAGAUGCAACUUUAUUACUCCAAAAACUUGAAUCAGUUGGAGUAAUUAAUGCUGAUGAAAGAAGACAAUUACAGGAAGUAGCUUCAUCAUCAAAAAGGACAGAUGGAUUAAUUACAAUAAUUUCAAGCAAAGGAUAUUCUGCCUUUCAAGAUCUGUGUUUAUCUUUGGAAAGCGUGUGUCCCCAUCUGCUCACGAAGUUUGCCUUAGAUAUUGCAGGUCCGGAAUCGGACGGUCCUAGCAGUACAAAUAAUUUGAAGCUGGGCCUGCAGUUGGCAUUGAAAGAGCGAGACUCUGCGUUGAGAGAAAACGCUGCCGCCGUCCAACAGCGAGAGUCCGCUUUGCGUCAGUACAGCAAAAUGAAGCAUGAGAGGGACAGGGCGUUAGCGAAUCUAGAAUCAUUGUCACCCAAGCUGUCCAACAGGGACUUGGAUGUGUCUCCGUCACCAGAAAAUGGAGAUUGCGACGCAUCUCCUAAAUGGACCGAAAAAACAUGUUUCUCCGAAGCUUUUACCGAUCCCGUCGAAGAAGUGGUUUGGCUGCUAUAAAUGCUUGGAUCCUUUACAAAGAAACGACAGGAAGACAAAUAUAACGAAAAGAGCUCUUGUUUCAAUUAGCAGAACAGCUUUCCACCGAAUACAGAGCUGCAAGACAGAAAAAGUCAUCAGAACAUGAAGACCACAAAGAUCAACUGCAACAUCAUCAAAUGCAACCCAUUCUAACAAACGCAAAAUUUGUCAAGUACGACUUUGCCACAACAACAAAACAAAUAAUAUAUGUGAAAAAUGUCAAAAGUACGUAUGCGGAAGAUGUACACAUAAAAAGAUUUACACUUUCAUUUGCAAAAAAUGUACAAAUAAUAAUGCAUAAAUUAUUUUUUUCCCAAGUGAAGUAA